AUGCUGAGCGACGUCUACAUGGACGACAUCCUGGUCGGUGCGGAGACCAUGGAGAAAGCCGAAGUCAUGCUGCAACAGCUGAUUGAUAUCUGCAAGGCGGGCGGCUUCUCACUUAAGAAGUGGUCGGCAAACCACUUGCUACUACUGAACAAAGUGGAGCCCGACGACCGUUUUCGACGAGAGGCCAGAUGGUGGCUGCCCGGCGAGAGUCACUCCACUCUCGGUUUACGCUGGCAACCACGUGACGAUCGCUUCGCUUUCGCAACCAAACUGACCACGCUAUCGACCUUCACCAAAAGGUCGGUACUAUCUUUGACGGCGAAAAUGUUCGAUCCUCUCGGCUGGCUGGCCCCAACAACGGUAUUAGCCAAGAUCUUCAUCCAGUCCGCCUGGUUGCUAGGUCUUGAUUGGGACGCUCCGCUACCCAGCGACGAAGAGAGAAGAUGGCUGCGAUUCCAAAACGAGCUGCCUGCUUUGGAAAACUUGCUCGUACCUCGAUGGCUGGGAGGUUUGACUGACUCACAGCUGGAAAUCCACGGGUUCGCCGAUGCCUCAAAGCGUGCCUACUCAGCGAUGCUAUACCUGAGAACAAAAACAAAGGGUCUUAUUAAGGUGGCACUCUUAACUGCAAAAACUAAGGUCGCGCCCUUGAAGCAAAUAUCAUUACCUCGGCUGGAGCUGUCGGCCGCCACUCUUCUGGCUCGUCUAGUCGCCCACACCGUAUCGAUCAUCGGAGCAGCCAAGGCACCUAUUCACAUAUGGUCUGAUUCCACCGUCACGCUCGGUCGGGAGAACCCAGCGGACUGUGCUUCCCGGGGACUCUAUCCUAGCAAACUGGUUGACCACCCGCUCUGGUGGCAAGGUCCUGCAUGGCUGGCAGAGGAGAGCAGUCCUUGGACGACAAACAGCGAGGAGAUGUCAGCGGAGGACCUCCCAGAGAGACGAGUCCGGACUCACGUCGCCGCCGUUACCGAGCUGAAGCCCAAAUCGAAAUUGCUGCUGCGCUACUCCUCGCUAAAACGACUGCUGCGGAUUACGGCAUGGUGCCGUCGCUGGUUGCUGAUCCACCGCCAGCUCCGCCACGUGCAAAGCCAGCCUGGCGUGAUCAGCUCCGACGAACUGACGGAAGCCCGCAUCUCUUGGGUGAGGUUGAUCCAGGCUAAAAUAUUUAAAGACGAAAUUAGAAGGCUGAAAAAUAGAACGCCUCUGCCGUCGCAAAGCUCCCUGCAAAAACUGAAUCCAUUCCUGGACAGCGAGGGACUUCUACGAGUCGGCGGGCGCCUCAGAAACGCUAACCUGCAGUACGAUGCCACUCACCCGCCAAUACUGCCCAGCGAGUCGACAUUCACUCUCCUCGUCGUAGAUGACCACCACCAGCGGACGUUACACGGCGGUACUCAGAUGACCUUGUGCUCCCUGCGCCGGGAGUAUUGGGUCCCUCGAGGUCGGUCAUUGGUGAAAAGACACAUCAGCCGAUGUAUAAGGUGCACUAGAUGGCGAGCCGCCAUCCCACAGCCUCUCAUGGGCGAUCUCCCGGUGCCAAGGGUCACAUCAAGCAGGCCGUUUCUGCACACCGGCGUCGACUACGCCGGUCCGGUUUGGCUGAGGACCUCGAAGGGCCGCGGACACAAAGCAACUAAAGGGUUCAUUGUAGUUUUUGUGUGUUUAGCCUCCCGAGCCGUUCACCUCGACGUAGCCUCGGACUACUCCGCCGACGCCUUCAUCGCAGCCUUGCGCCGGCUCAUCUCAAGGCGAGGGGUCUGCAUCUCCUUAUAUAGUGACUGCGGUACCAAUUUCGUGGGUGCUGACAGGCAGCUAAGCGCUCUCUUCUCCGCCGCCAGUGCCGACGGACGCCGCAUCGCCGCAUUCGCCGCACAGGAGAAAAUCCAGUGGCACUUUAAUCCAUCGGCGGCACCGAACUUCGGCGGCUUGUGGGAAGCCGCGGUUAAAUUUAUGAAGCACCAUCUGCGACGAGUCAUAGGUGAUGCAACCCUCAUCUAUGAAGAGCUGGCGACGCUACUCUCGCAGAUAGAGGCUUGCCUCAAUUCUCGACCGCUGCAGCCCUUGUCCGACGAUCCUGAGGACGUAGCAGCUUUCACACCGGGGCACUUCUUGAUCGGUUCCGCUCUCUCCGCAGUACCGGAACCGUCACUCGAACGAGAGCCGUCGGCCCAACUAUCACGCUGA